CUUCUCGCAGCGCUUCUGCUCACCAACAGCUAACGGUGGCUAGCAAGCUGUCAAGCUGUCAAGUGGAGAGGCUGGGACAGACGUUUCAGCUUCCCCCUGACUUGGCUUUAUAAAUCCCCACGAAAAGAAAACAACGCUAAAUAUACCUGCGAUUACCUGCUGAGAUAAUGUAACGCAUCAAGGUCGUAUCCAAAAGAGGAACCUCCGCACUUGCACCAUUUAUAUAUGCACUGGGGUCUUGUGUGACGAUUGCUCUUUGCUAGUUGGCUAACACUUACCCGAAGCUAAUAGCCCAGCAAAGCCCCACUUUCCUCGGUGUAAGUGACCCAUCCCGGUAACCUCACGCUUUUGUCACUGUUGCGGUCAACCACAAUUUUCGACAUUCGGUCUAAAGAAGGACAAAAUGGGGGCAUUUCUGGACAAACCAAAGAUGGAAAAGUACAAUUCCCAUGGUGAGGGUAACAGCCUGCAGUAUGGGCUGAGCAGUAUGCAGGGCUGGCGGGUAGAGAUGGAAGACGCACACACAGCAGUGAUUGGCCUGCCUCAUGGUCUUGACCUCUGGUCAUUCUUUGCUGUAUAUGAUGGCCAUGCUGGCUCUCAGGUGGCCAAGUACUGUUGUGAGCACCUGUUGGAAUACAUCACCAGCAACUCAGACUUCCAAAGUGCUCUGCAGGAGGAUCCAUCGAUGGAAAGUGUGAAAAACGGCAUCCGCACAGGUUUCCUUGAGAUCGAUGAUCACAUGCGAACCAUCUUGGAGAAGAAGCAUGGUGUGGACCGCAGUGGCUCCACAGCGGUGGGAGUGAUGGUUUCACCCAGCCAUGUCUACUUUAUUAACUGUGGGGAUUCACGGGGACUCCUGAGCAGGGGGGGAGCCGUGCAUUUCUUCACGCAGGAUCACAAACCCAACAACCCUCUGGAGAAGGAAAGGAUCCUGAAUGCUGGUGGCUCAGUCAUGAUCCAGCGAGUUAAUGGCUCCCUGGCCGUGUCGCGGGCCUUAGGAGAUUUCGACUACAAGUGUGUGCAUGGAAAAGGCCCCACAGAGCAACUAGUCUCUCCAGAGCCUGAAGUUUAUGCAAUAGAAAGAUGUGAAGCUGAAGAUGAAUUUAUUAUUCUAGCUUGUGAUGGCAUCUGGGAUGUCAUGGCCAAUGAAGAACUGUGUGACUUUGUCAGGUCAAGGCUAGAAGUCACAGAUGAUCUUGAAAGAGUCAGCAAUGAAAUUGUUGACACUUGCUUGUAUAAGGGAAGUCGGGACAAUAUGAGCGUUGUUUUAAUCUGUUUUCCUGGAGCGCCAAAGGUAUCCCCAGAAGCAGUUAAACGGGAGGCUGAGCUGGAUAAGUAUCUGGAAUCAAGAGUAGAAGACAUCCUCAAGAAGCAGGGGGAUGAAGGAGCACCAGAUUUGGUCCACGUCAUGAGGACGUUAGCAUCAGAAAGCAUCCCCAACCUUCCCCCUGGAGGAGAGCUUGCAAGCAAACGAAAUGUUAUUGAAGCGGUGUACAACAAACUCAACCCUUAUCGAAGCGAUGACACAGACUCAGCAUCCACAGAUGACAUGUGGUAACACAACCUCGUACCACUAACACAGCAUAGCGUUUACAAACCACCAUCCUCUCAAGACCCACAGCAGCUCAGCUCAGCAGUCUGUCUUGCCGUCACUCUGAGCUUUUGGUUUCUAAGAAGGGAAUUUCAUGGGAGGAGGAAGAAGAAGAGGAGUUGCAUGCACACCAACCUGGAGAUAGUGCAACGUCAGUCCACUCUGGAGUUCAGGAUCCCCCACCGUUUUGUUUGCCCUUUGUGUUUACCCAUCCUAAUACUUCCCUCUAAAGUCAAACAUAACGAGUGAGUUCAUAAGGCUUUCUUACUUCACUUUUUUGGGGUUAAAUAAUCAUCUUAUGUAUUUUUUUUCUUGCUGUAAUUAAUUUGAUUCACAUUUCCUUGUGUGUGUUUGUAUAUUUCUGUUGUUGUGAAGUGCAAUUGUCCUGUACAAACAGCCUGUAUUUAAUGCAGCUUGAUUUUAAGUUAAAAAUGAAAGAAAUGAAAAAUAACCUUUUAUGCACUAUCUGCCUUUUCCUGCUCUUCUGGAAGUCUAACCCAUUUCUUCUCCAUAGUGAUUAUUACUGCUUGUCCUCCAGGCACAAUGCCUCUCUGUGCUUUUACUUAUCCUUUCUCCUCAGUUAGUCUAUGCUCCUUUUUAAGAAACGGGUAAAUUGUAUAGUUGACAGAACAGUAAGCUCUCUAUAUCAAAAACAUUUAUCACCUAAUUAUUACGCCCCCUCCCUCUGUCUCCUUGUGCUUUUUUUUAUUCUGCACAUGUUAAAAUAACAGGUUUCUUAGUCAUUUUGAGUAUGUAAAGUGAAACAAAAUACUGUACCACUUUUUGCUUGACUAGACACCUGCAGAGUGUGCGUGGGCGCUUGUGUGUAUGUCCAUGCACGCGUACGUUUGUAUGAAGGUGGAUCACUCACAAUUUCCCAUGACCAGGCUGCAUUUUUUUAAGGGAAUUGCAAUGCAACACUUGCUGUCUCAUUCUUAUUCCGCAAGUGUCCAUCACAGAGUGUGUGCGCAUGCUCUGUUUGAACAAUUUGCAUUCAUUUUGCUGAGUUUUAGUGGGAUAACAAACUUUUCUUUUUCCAUAAUUCAUUAUUUAAGAAAGGGUUGAUAUUUUUUAAUUUUUCAACUCUGCUAAGCUUUAGGAAAACCUGCGCGUGUGUGUAAUGUCUUUUUUAUGUGACGUCCCACCUGUAUUGGGGGAAAUUUUUCUUUAUAUGGACUUUUUGGCAGGGCCACACAAAAAGAAAUGCAAGGAUGAGCUAUUUUUGCCCAAUUAUUGUGUGUUUGUGUGUCCCUCCCGCUCUCCAACAACACCUUUUUGUACAUUUUAAACAUGAUCUGCUAAUUUGACUAAUGUGAGCACUGACUAUUUUAGGAAGCGUCAGCGUAAGUGCGACCAUGGAGGAGAAACUGUUGGCUCAAAUACUUUAUAAACGCUGUCUUUAUUUUCUCUUUGUUUUAAACAGUUUUUGGGUGUCAGGGGGAAAUUCAUACCAAGAACAAAACAGCUGAUUGUAAUGAAUUGUCAUGGUUGUGUACACCAACCUUUUUGUGUGUGUUUAUUUUUAUGAGAUUUGAUGUGUGUCAACACAAGCCAGGCAGGACACAGAGUGCGGUUUGCUGCUAGCUCUUGAUUUUGUGUGUUUUUCCCCUCUUCGACUCUGCAAAGCCAACUAUAGUCACUGUCAGUAUCUGUAUUCACUCACAAGGCAGAUGCAUUUCUUUAAGAGAGAGGUUUUUUUUCCAGAUUCUGCUAUUUUUUUGUCUAAAAUUUCAUUGUUGGAAAUUAAUGUAUGUAUAUAUUUUUGACUUUAACAUUCAAGGAAUAAAUAUGUUGUUUGAGA